ACGAUCUUUCUAUGGUGGUUGUGGAUACAGUCGGGACUAUUUCAGGAAUAUUGCUGGUGAAGGGUAUCUUCGAUCAUACGUCCGCCCACCUCCACCUGGUACUCCCCAAAGAUCUCCCCGCCCACAGCAUUCGCCACACCCACAGCACUCCCCGCACUCCCCUGCGACCACGCCCCAAGGAGGGAGUCCUGGUGGCAGAAGCUUUUUACAACCUUCAG